GUAAGAAUUUGCUUUGGAGUACGGUUUGAACGCGGAAGCUUCUGAAUUCGCCGCUAUCGUGGGAAAUUACAGCGAGCGCUCGGCUACAUAUGUGACUUGAGAGUCUCGUCGAUAUCCAUCUUCUGCUCACAUGCCAGCUAGGUCACGGCGACGCAGAUCUAAUAGCUGAUGCGCGUCGUCCAGUUUUUAUCAUGUUUCAAAUGACAUGGAAACGAAGGACUGCGAUGUUCUUAAUCGAUAUCAUCUAGAGCAUGGACCUAGCGCGCAUCCGCUGGCGUAAGAAUGGAGGUCAUGUGUGCCAUGAUAGUUGAUCCCAAGUUGAUCCAGCAUACUUGGUUUCCAUUGGCAUUCGGAGGUAUGGAACAAGCUUAUGGUAGGCAGUCAUUUCCAGUCAUGGUGUCAGGACGACUCCGCAGACCGACCGCGCACUUAUCAUGCCGAUGCUUCUUCGGUCCUCGUGGAACUUUUAUACGACUUCCUCCGCGUCUUUCUACAAGGAGGCAGCGGCGCUUCGAUUCACAUCGGCUUUAAAGAGACCACUUCCACAACCCAGCUUGCCCGGGUUGCAGAAUGGCCUCAGUCCCUACAGUGCCUGGUGUCUUGGGAGGCUUCAUCGUCUCGGAAUGUUUCGCAAUCCUGUUAUAUGGUAUCAUGGUCGCACAGGCUUACGUAUAUAUGCUAAACUGCAAGGGUGACGGUCCACUCCUCAAGUCUGUCGUAGCAGCAGUAGCCCUGCUAGAAACGCUGCAUACUGCAUUCAUUAUACACAUAAUCUACACAUAUGCAAUUGAAGACUUCGGGAACCUUGAAGCGACCGGUGCGAUUACAUGGAGCACUGCUGUAUGUUCACGAAGUAUUAUUCGAGUCUUUAUGUUGCUGAUUGUCCAACUGCCCGAUACAGUCUUGCGUUCUGAUCGAAAUGCUGGUCGUAGGUCUGGUACAAGGGUUCUAUAUUUUUCGAAUAUGGAUCAGUAUGGCUCCAUAUCACCUAUGCCUCACAAUACUAUACUGAAAUCCUGUUGUGCAGUAAGCGGCGGAUCGCUUGUCCUAACAAUUGUUACGUCCAUUCUGCUAUUUGCAAGAGUCACGUUCGGCCUGGGCACUUCGGCACUUUUGAUAAAGUUCAAGUUUUACAGCACCUUCCGAGCGCAGUUCGGGCCAUUGGUCACAUUCACGUGUGGCUUAUCACUUGCAGUAGCAGUCGAUGUUUUGAUUGCUGCAAUUCUCGUCUACUAUCUCAUCCGCGAUAAGCCUGGAUUCAAAGCUACCGAGAAUGUUGUUCGCACCCUGGUCGUCUACUUUGUGAACACAGGUGUUAUCACUAUGUUGGUCUCAAUCAUAAUUCUCAUCUUCUUCUUUGUCUUCAAGGAGAGUCUUAUAUUUGGAGGCAUGGUUCUUAUCGCCAGCAAACUAUACUCGAACUCGUUUUUGGGAACGUUGAACGCUCGGCAAAUGUUGCGCCGGAAAACCCAGGCUGACGUCCAUAGCUCAGAACUAUCGACCUUCCGUGCAGGAACGCGCCACGAUACCACUCACCCGCCUGACAUUGAAAGCUUCGGUUUCCGACAUACUCAGAAAACCUUUGACUCUGAAGUGUCAAUGACAAGUGCGCCGACUGUGGGCGAAGAACGACGCUUCGAGAAGAGCAGACUCACAGAUGAUUCCCUUUGACCUGAGGUAAACUUGCAGGCUGUUGGCUUUACCAGGACAUUUCAGAUGUUCCACAAGAUGUGCUCGUCGCUCGCUCUGGUUAUGAGGUAGCUCAGGCAAUCAGCCGUAGCCCUCCAUCCCAUUCAAAUCAUUGAUUUUGGACCGGCCAUUUCGAACUUGAUACCUUUUGCUACCUUCAAUUGCUUGCUUGAAAAAAUACCGCAUUGUUCGAAAUGGACCGGUCAGAUUCACACUUGCGAAUGUACAAUAGAUCUAACGUGAAUCCAAUGUCAGCUGGAGCGCUUCGCCGUACUUCAUGAGCGCGAACUUUGAUAUCAGAAUUGGUAACGUAAAG